CAGGCAUCACUGCAAAGAGCAGCUGGAAUUCCCAUCCCCUCUGACAAGCUGUGAGGAGAAGUUGUUUCUCAGAUGUGAGUCCGAAGACAGGGAAUAAGUCAAUCAGCCUUCGUGGUCAGAAGCCUAGAGAUCAUAGAAGUCUGAACCAGGUGGAAGGAAGGGAAGAUGGGAAAAGUGGUGGAGAGCAGAAUCCCAUAGGGACCCAAAUGGUCCUCAAGACAAUAACCUUAUCCAGAAAGAAGUAAGGGCCAAGAAGCACAUGACUGAGCCCUGGGGCUGGCCAGGCAGAUGAAAACUAGGCUGGUGGAGCCUACAUGACAACUUUCUGCAUUUCGUCCUGUGAACCGACUCAUCUCCCCAUCCCCACCGAGAAACCUGGGACUAUGAGGAGCAGCCUGACCCUGGUGGGGACCCUCUGGGCCUUCCUGUCCCUUGUUACCGCCGUGGCCAGUUCUACCAGUUACUUCCUGCCUUAUUGGCUUUUUGGAUCUCAGCUGGGGAAGCCAGUGUCAUUCAGCACAUUCCGGAGGUGCAAUUACCCUGUGAGGGGAGAGGGGCAGAGUCUGAUCAUGGUUGAAGAGUGUGGGCGCUAUGCCAGCUUCAGUGCCAUCCCCAGCCUGGCCUGGCAGAUGUGCACGGUGGUGACAGGUGCUGGCUGUGCUCUGCUGCUCCUGGUGGCACUGGCUGCUGUCCUGGGCUGCUGCAUGGAAGAACUCAUCUCCAGAAUGAUGGGACGUUGCAUGGGAGCUGCACAGUUCGUGGGAGGACUGCUGAUAAGUUCAGGCUGUGCAUUAUAUCCUUUAGGAUGGAAUAGCCCGGAAAUAAUGCAAACGUGUGGGAAUGUCUCCAAUCAAUUUCAGUUAGGUACCUGUCGGCUUGGCUGGGCCUAUUACUGUGCUGGAGGUGGCGCAGCGGCAGCCAUGUUGAUUUGCACCUGGCUCUCUUGCUUUGCUGGAAGAAACCCCAAGCCUGUCAUGUUGGUGGAGAGCAUCAUGAGGAACACCAAUUCUUAUACCAUGGAGCUUGACCAUUGCCUCAAACCUUGAGAUUUGGCAGAAUUGGAGAGGGUGGGAAAGAGGAGGGAAGGGAGCCUUGAAAAGAAGAACUAAGACUAGGCCAGUUGCUACCCACUUGCCAGUCAUGUAACACAGUGUUUGUAUGCUUUUUAACUCAUCAUUCAUUUUCACUUUGCCUUAAAUCAGUGGGUCAGUGGCUAUUUACAAAAUUCACCAAGGACAAUAAUUCUCUCAAAUGUUUAUCUAGCUGGUGAGGACCCACUGGCCUCCAAGUCCCAAAGUGCCCUUUCAUACAAAAUAAUAAGAAAGAUCCUCAGUUGAAAGCUGUACAAUCAAGCAGUUCUUCAGAAUUCUGCAUCUUCUGUCACUUACCCCAAAGCUUAAACGUUGGGUAAAAACACUUAUGGGCUUUCCAGGUGGCUCAGCAGUAAAGAAUCCACCUGCAAUGCAGGAGACAUGGGUUCAAUCAUCCCUGAAUUGGGAAGAUUCCCCUGGAGAACGGCAUG